AUGGAGGACACAGAGGGGACGAAGAAGGAUCAAAACUCUCCGAAGAGCGACAGAGUCACCCUGAAAAAGGAAAUAGGACUUUUGAGCGCUUGUGCCAUUAUCAUUGGUGAGUGACAGCUUUAAUGGUCCUCCACGCUGCGUGAAUGAAGCAUGGGUCGAUACGGUGAUUGCAGCUAAAAGGAGAAGUUAGCCGGCUGGCGGACUAAAGAAUUGUAACAUGAGUACUACUGCUUGUGUUUCAGUGUUAAAGUGAUACAAUAAUGCCUCACAAUAGGAUUCAGAAUUAGCAGGGACCCGGUUUUGUUCUGGUCCUGGUCUACUGUACGGAACCUGUAGUAGUGAGGGUAAUUUAGUAAAACUGGUUUAACCGACUGACUUUGCCUUAAAACCGCCAAAAUACGCACAGAGGUAGAGUGGCUCAUACGCACGGCUGGUCCAGCUCGGAUGUCUGGAUCCAGUCCGGAGUGCUGGUUUUGUGUGGAAACUGUUGCAUCAGUCUGGACUGAUGAUCUGAAUAUGGACAUGCCUACGUGGCUUGAUGUUCUCAUGUUGAACUUGAAAGGCAUGCAGACAAAGCACAGCCCCCAUGUGGUACUGAAAGAUAACUGAGCAUUCAGAUUACAGCACAGUCGAGGUUUGAGGUUUUAUAUGUCGACUUGCACUGACUAAUAAAGACAUUCAUGUUUUUACAUGCUCUCAUCGUAUGACUAAAGAGUCACUCGUGCUGCACGAAGAGGGGAUUUACAUGUGAUAAAAGCAGCCACAGAGAACUGUAUAAUAGAGGAAGCUGCGUUAUGGCUCAGUUUCCUGUACAAUGAUGAUGUAGUGAGCAGACUGCAACUGUAUAAAGGCGUAGAGACCAGCUCUUCUGCAACAGUAAACAAGCAACAGGUUGUGCACUGUGUGCUGUUAUAAUGUGACAGUAAUGCAGAGGGGUUCCCCCAGAGCCGGCUGAUAACCUGCUGCUGGACUCAAAUUAAGGCUCUUAGUAUUACUGGAGGCAUGGAGCCAUGAAGUUAUUCUUGUGCAGGACAGGAUGUUCUCCUGUUUACAUAAUUAUCAUUUCUUGCACUCUGGAUUUGCCUCUGGCUUCAAUAGUUGAUUAAACUUGGAUGCUCAAAAUCUGUGUCAGUGUUGACUUAAGUAAACCUGUCUAUUCAGGAGGGAAUCCCAGCUUAACCCUUGUUGUAAUAGCUGAUACUUUGGGUCGAUUGUUUUUUCAGGGCCAUACUGAUUAUUAGUGUUUAAAAAAUCUUUUAAAAGGCAGCACAUGCAGUUUAAUAUGUUUUUAACUCUACUCAAUCUUCAAGCAAGCCACUGUCACUGGUGAGGUGCAGCCUCCUCCUUUAACUCACUGAUAAUCUGUAGUUCAUGUGGAUAUUUGGUACUGACAAGCUCUUACUGUAAAAAUAAUAUUUUAAGUCAAAACUCAAAGUUUGGGAUAUCUAAAAUUUCAGCACAGAACUUUGUAUAGAUAUAUUUUAUCAUGUUUAAUCAAAAGUGUGCCUUUAAACAUCAUGUCAACACUUAGAGCGCAAACAUUUAUGUCACAUUUGUGUGAUGUCCAGCCAAACCAAUAGUGUUGUGUGUGUGGGACAUUGUGAGUAAAGAGUGAAAAGAGACCAAGAGAGAAAGACUCACAUGCAGCAAAGUAGUUUUUCUUUUUUGAUUAAAUAAUCUUACUGUGGUUGAAUCUACUAUGAGGAAGUGUAUGAAAUGGACUGAAAUUCAUAUUCAUGUCUUUAUAAGAUAUUCAAAAGCAAACAACACCAUCAGGUAGGCCUGGGCGAUUUGGCAAAAAAAAUGAUCACGAUUUAUUUUGUCAUAUCGUCCAAUCUCGAUUAUUAUCAUGAUUUUUUUUUAAAAACUGCCAGUUUUAAAGCAUCUGUACUAAAAACUAAAAAAACUAGAGAUUAGUUCAACAUUUUAUUAACAUACGAAGUAAAUAACAAAGCAGAUUGAAUAAGAUACACUUAGAAAAAUCUAAAAAACAUUUUAACUCAACAGUACAACAAAUGUAGAUAAAUAACAGAGAAUUAGUUUACAGUCCUGAGUGUUUUUGCAGGUAUGCAAGACUCAAAAUAAACAAAUCGCCCCCUCAGAGAUUAUGAAGGUGCUUUAAAAUGUAAACAUUAGGUGAUGUAAACGUAGAUGAUACGCAUACCUGCCAACAUUUGGGUUAUAAAAUCCAGGAGUUGUUUGUGGCGCACGCCGGGCAGUUUUGGGGUGACCUUGUAUGGUGGAUAUGAGCUAAUUAUGAGAGUAUUUGUAAUUAAAUUGCUCAUCCAAAUAAGUAUAAGUGAAGCUGCACACUUUUGUUUUGUUUUAACAAUAACAAAUGGUAAAAAAAAAAAAAGAUAAAAGGUCUACGAUAUGCCUUGAACUUAUUUAGUCCACUAAUAUUAGUGUUAAAGUCCUCAUAUGUUUUAAAUGCUCUCCUGUAUGAGGCUUUCUGAACAUCUGUGCAUGACAUACAGCACUGUUUUAUCCGAGGCUGCCCUGAACGCAUCACUCUUGCAUAUCUCGAGUUUGUUUUUUCCUUUCACUGAAGUUUUCAUUUUCCAACAAACACUGCUUAAAUAUAGUUUACAGCUGAAACCGAACUGAAUCAUCCAAAACUGUAAAGUAAAAGUAUCAAUCCAGUCUGUGUGGCUCAGCAGAAACACAGGACGAUCUCCGUUUGUCUGGAAACCUGGAAACUUUGGACAAAUAUAGUGACCCGAUUCAUGAAUGAAUGCGGACCAUGCUACGAGAAAUUCCUGGGAGAAAUGCCCUCAGCUCCGCGUUUAGCUCCAUGUUCGGUCACUUCGUUUACUUUCCCUGUUUACUUCUCCGGUAACUUACAGAAGUGAGCAGGAAAAGCUCAGCUCUGAUUGGCUGUUGUGACACACGUUUCCGCCAUGUUUGAUCGAGUAAAUUUAUCGCGAUCAUCGAUCACGAUCAUAUAAUCGCCCAGUCCUACCAUCAGGGUUCAAACUCAGUUUGUAUAGUAUAGCUGCAAAGUUUCUGAGUAUAGCUGCAAAGUUUCUCCACGCACACAACAUACCGGUCGACAUAGCACGGCACCCCGGCUCCCUGUGGAUUACUAUCCCCGCCGGGAAGCGGCGAAGGCGGCGCAGAGAGAGGAGGCAGAAGCGGGGCUGCAGAGCUGGCCCGCUAGCCAGGCUACGGAGGCAGCCACUUAAACCUCCGCUUCCCAGCCUGUUUCUCGCCAAUGCUCGGUCCCUCGCCAAUAAAAUGGAUGAACUGAGGCUACAGGUUGCAACCAACAAUGCCGUGAAGGAUAGCUGCAUUCUACUCUUCACGGAGACCUGGCUUCAUCCACUUAUCCCGGACUCGGCGGCGGAGCUAACAGGCUACACCAUGCAGCGUCAGGAUAGAACACAGAGCUCCGGUAAGACCAGAGGAGGGGGGCUGUGUAUGUACGUGAACAACAGCUGGUGUACGAACACAGUGACUGUGGACAGCCACUGCUCCCCGGACCUGGAGUAUGUGUCUGUGAAAUGCAGACCCUUUUACCUCCCGAGAGAGUUCUCUGUUGUAAUACUAACAGCUGUUUACAUACCGCCGGACGCUAAUGCUAAGGUGGCUAGCAACCAUCUGCAUAGUAGCAUUGGCUCCCAGGAGAGUAAAUAUCCUGACGCUGUACACAUCGUAGCAGGGGACUUCAACCAUGCCGAUUUGAAAACAGUUCUCCCUAAAUUCUACCAACAUGUCAAAUGCACAACCCGUGGAGAUAAGACUCUUGACAAGGUCUACUCUAACAUCAAGCUUGGCUACAGGGCCAAACCACUACCUCACCUGGGCCAGUCCGACCACUUGUCUCUGCUGCUAAUACCCGCAUAUGCCCCCUCAGGAAAAGUACACCCACCAUCACAAAAACGGUAACAACUUGGCCUGAUGGAGCCUCUCAACAGCUGCAGGACUGCCUCGACAGGACGAACUGGGAGGUGUUUUUACAUCACGAUCUGGAGAUCUUUACAGGCAGUGUACUUGGAUACAUACAACACUGCAUAGCCACUGUUACUGUGGAAAAAGAGAUCCGGAUCUACCCCAACCAGAAGCCCUGGAUGACCCGGGAAGUCCAGCAGCUGCUGAGGGAGAGGAAUACCGCCUUCAGGUCUGGUGACCAGGUCCUCUACUCUGCGGCCCGGGCUGACCUGAAGAGAGGCGUCAAAGGGGCCAAGUCGGACUACCGGAGGAGGAUUGAGGCACACCUGGAAAGUAACAACAGCAGGCAGGUGUGGCAGGGAGUCCAGCAGCUCACCAAUUACAAAUCCACCUUGGGAGCAGCUGAGGGUGAGGCCUCGCUGGCAGAGGAGCUAAACACCUUCUUUGCAUGUUUCGAGGUGGAACCACCCAAGGCAGCCACACCACACCCCAUGGUACACAGCAACUUCACCCUCACAGAACAUGAGGUGAGACGUACCCUGCGCGCCGUGGACCCAAGGAAGGCUGCUGGGCCUGAUGGAGUGCCCGGGCGUGUGUUAAGGGACUGUGCGGAACAGCUCGCCGGAGUCUUCACAAGGAUUUUCAACCAGUCCUUGGCCGAGUCCAGUGUUCCACCAUGCCUGAAGUCCUCCAUCAUCGUCCCCCUGCCCAAGAAACCUCAUAUCUCCAGCCUCAACGACUACCGGCCAGUCGCUCUCACCCCGGUGGUGAUGAAAUGCUUUGAAAAGCUGGUCCGGGGUCACAUCACAUCACACCUGCCAAAAAGCCUUGACCCUCACCAGUUUGCAUACAGGGCAAAUAGAUCCACAGAAGACGCCAUUGCCUCAGCCCUCCAUGCUGCACUGUCCCACCUGGAGCAGCAGGGGAGCUACGUACGGAUGCUCUUUGUGGACUAUAGCUCUGCUUUUAACACCAUACUUCCUCACAAACUGCUGAACAAACUGGUCAAUCUAGGCAUUUCUCACCCCACCUGCAUAUGGAUCAACAGCUUCCUCACCUUUCGCACGCAGAGGGUGAGAGUGGGCCAUCACACAUCAACGGCCCUCAGCCUCAGCACCGGUUCGCCACAGGGCUGUGUGCUGAGUCCCCUGUUGUUCACCCUUUACACACACGACUGCGUCCCCACACAUCACAACAACACCUUUGUCAAAUUUGCAGACGACACCACGGUGGUGGGGCUCAUCUCUGGGGCAGACGAGUCUGCGUACAGGAACGAGGUUGAACAUCUGGCAGCAUGGUGUGGGGAGAAUAACCUCCAGCUCAACACAGCAAAAACGAAGGAGCUGGUGAUUGACUACAGGAGGAUAAAGACUGACAUCACACCACUCAUCAUCGGCGGGGAUUGUGUGGAGCAGGUGUCAGACUUCCGGUUUCUGGGUGUUCAGAUUGAGGAGGGCCUGACCUGGACUGUAAACACCACACAGGUGAUUAAAAAGCCCAACAGCGUCUCCACUUCCUGAGGGUCCUCAGGAAAAAUAACAUCACACAGAGACUGUUGGUGUCCUUUUACAGGUGUUCCAUCGAAGCCAUUCUUUCAUAUUGCAUUUGUGUAUGGUUUAACAGCUGCACUGUGGCCCAGAGAAAGGCUCUCCAGCAGGUCGUCAACACAGCCCAGAGGAUUGUCGGUUGCCCCCUUCCCUCACUGGACGACCUUCAUGGCGCUCGCUGUGCUAAAAAAGCCCAGAACAUUAUCAAAGACACCUCCCAUCCUGGUCACCUCCUGUUUGAACUUUUGCCGUCAGGCAGACGCUAUAGGACAAUCAGAUCCAGAACGAACAGACUUAAAAACAGUUUUUUUCCGUCAGCAAUAACUACCCUCAAUGCCUUAAGGAAGUGACUGAAUACCUAUUUACUCAUUUACUUUAUUUAUUCGGAACUUAUUUAUUUAUUUAGAACUGCUAUUUAUUACUGUAUUUGUUUUAAUGAUGCACUGACUGUCUGGCACUUUUUUAAUUUCGUUGUACUGGUUACAAUGACAAUAAAGGACUAUUCUAUUCUAUUCUAUUCUAUUUUUUAUGCCUGAAAUAGGUCAACACAAACCAAAAGUUCCUCACUGGAACUGUAACCAAACAAAAUACUGAUACACUUUUUCAACCAAAUAAAGAAUAUUGACCAAGACCAAAAAAAAGGUCAAUCCUUACCUUACACAUAGCCCCCAAUAACUAUAAUGUCAUGAGGGUGAUUCAGCAGUAAUGUGAGGCAAUCAUAUUAUAAUAUGUUAAAUUAUCAGCUUAUCUGGAAAUUAAAAAAGACCCACCAAAAGUCAAUAGUAGGAUUGAUGUCAUAAACAGCACUGCAAGGAAUAGUGACACAUUAGCUAUGUUUACAUAUGCAGACUCUCCUCUUAUUAGAGUUUCAUGGACACUAAAUACAGUGAUCCUGUGCACCAACAAACAGCAAUCAUUUAGUCAUAAUAAAAUAAUAACUGAGAGAGAAACUGUUCACUCGUCACUGCUGUGUCACUGUAUACUACAAAAGUUUUUUUUCACUCAUUGAGUCUUUCAACAACCCUGAAUUCUGUCAGGUCUUUGAAUAGUUUUCAGCAGCAGAUCAUACUUUCUUUGCUUUCACCAUGUUCCAACAGUGUCCUGCAGUAACUAAAAUGGAUAACUGUCAUGCCACUGAGCAGUCAUGCACAGUAAGGAUGGUUUUACCUCAGCUAUGAAUAAAAAUUCAGAGAAAAUAUCAUAUAGAAUAAUCCAUUCCUCUGAAUCAGAUGAAGUGCUCUAUUUUCGUGCCCGCCGGUGACGUGGUGGAGGGUGGCGCACCUCGCACAGUGGUAUUUUCGUCUGGCGGAGCCUAGCGCACAGCCACUUUGUUAUUUUCAUAGACUGAGGUGCACCAAGGUUUGCCAACCUGGUCAGCUUUCAGCGCAGGCAGUGGUAUUUUGGUAGACCGGCGGCAUAGUGUGCAUAUGUCACCGAUGCCUCACCGGCAGGUUUCCGCAGUGUCAGGCAUAUUUCAGUGCAAUAAAAAAUCAACAACCAAUACUCAGUGCAACUAUCUAAGUCAGCACAUACAUUUAGAUCUUUAUUAAUAUAUUUGGAUCUAUAUCUUAUCUGAUGAGUGCGUUUGGCACGUGUUUGGACCCUCAACCUGAUUGAAUUAACUCAUCUGAAACUGCAUGAAAUUAAAUAUACAGUUAACAGUCACACAUGAUGAAGUUAACAAGAUAUUUAAUUUGUCUCCCCCCUUAUUCUCCUUCUUCCUCGCACAGUUCGACCGGACAUGUCUCCAUGUCCUCUCCCCGUAGUGCUGCUGCUGAUUAAUUUUAGUGAUCAGGUGAAUUAUUCGCUUCGAAAAUUUGAACAAAACAAUAAAAGAAACUUUCAUGUAAAAUUACCUGUUUAUCUGUUGUUCUCACAUCCUUAAAAUUCUGUGAAUAUUCAAUCCAGAGUUAGGCUUCCAUAUGAAUAUUAUAAUAUUCAGCUGUGUGAGCCAAGUUCAUUUUAUAUGCCAACAUCUAUGAAAGAAAGAGCCAGGCCACGGAGCGUGAUGCAUUCUUUACGCACAGGUGGUUCUGAUUUUAAUGCCAUUAUUGGAGUUUAUGUUUUGAUCUGUGCGCACAACCCACCUUUGUCACAUGGGGUUGAAAUAUAUGCAAUUUUAUGUGAGUGUCUUUAUUUGUGGAAAAGGGUGUUUGUCUUACCGGUGGGUACAACCUAGGGAUGUCACGAUAUGAAAAUUUAACAUCACGGUUAUUGUGACCAAAAUUAUCACGGUUAUCGAUAUUAUCACGGUAUUGUUGAAAUAUGUUCAAAAUGUUUAGAAAGGACUUAUACAUGCCCUGAAAUCAUUUAACAAAGAUUUAUUUUGAAAAAAACAAUCAAAAUAACACGCAGAAUGAACCUUUCCUUAACUUUAAAUAACAGAGGAACGACAAGCUUAAAAAAUAAAAGAUGGGCCUGAAAAGAGCCAGAGGUAAUCAACACUAGUAAAAGUAAUAACAAAGUACAAAGUAAUGUGCCAGUGGCAUAAACAUUAACAUAAUGACAAAUAAAUAAAAUUUAAAUAAAAUGACAUUCCUUAUUGUGCAAAUUUUAAGAAUCUUCAGUGCUCAAAAAGAUCUAUUCUUGCAAAUGUAAAGCAAAGCAACACUACCAUAUGAAACAAUACAAUCACAUGUAAACAAAUGUGUAGUGCACAUGUUUGAUAUAUCAUAAAAUAUGUAAAUAAAUCAAAGGAACCACACCGAUUGUCCAUUUUCUCCACCAUAAGGUGCUACUGCUGACUUUGUUCACUACUUGAGAUUGAAAUGUAAAAAUGUCAGCAUAUUUACUUUCCUGGUUUGAGAAUAGUGAUCUGCGAGGGGAAACGAUGUGUCCGCUGGCACUGAAUAUCCUCUUGGAUGGCACACUGGUUGCUGGGAUGCACAAAAGCUUCCUGGCAACCCUUGCAACCUUUUGUAGAAGCCGAAAUACGCCUGCAAAACUGCCCUCCGCCAUGUUUACAAGUUGUAUACUGCGCUAUGCGCAUGCAUGCGGCAUGCCUGUGUCUGAAGGACUGCUGUGUGCGGCUGCUCUUCUCAGCACUGAGCAGUCUCUGAGCUUUUCCAGAGUGCGGCAAUGAAACACGGAUUUAACAGUAAUUAAAAUUGGAAACGGUAGUACUAACCAUCAGACAUUUUGCACCGGUUUAUCAUUUUACUGGUAGUCGUUACAUCCCUAGUACAACCUUACACAUACCAAAUCCCUCUGUUAAUGUUUGAGAGAGUGUUGAGGACAUCCUCCGCAGUGCUUACAGUGACACUUGUUAAGGGGCUGCCUUCUGUUGCCAUCGUGUGGCAUUGCUGUCUUCAGCCAUUUCUUGAUCUCUUCGACUACUGCACGAAAAAUGUAAUACGUCUCGCAGGUGGCGGAUUUAAAGGUGAGGAGGUCUCGGCUGUGUUAAACCCACUCCACGCCUUAUCCCCUCCCUCUCUACGACUUAUGUCGCUGGGAGGAACUGAGUUAGGGAGGGGGGAUGCUUACGCCGGGCUGUGCCGCUCACCAAAAUACUGAAAUACCAAAAUGUGCUUGGGCACCCCUUGUGCGGCAGACCUGACUUACGCCACGCCUGUGCCACGCAGCCAACAAGGCAUGAAAAAACAGCCUGAAGUGUCUUUUUGAAUAGGCUGAAUUGGACCUCUCUGAGGUUUUGGCAUGAAUCACUUUCUUCUGACUUGGUAAUUAAUUGUAUUAUUAGUGGUUCAUGUAAACAAAGCUGGUGUUCAAAUGUGUUUAGAGAGCCCUUCUGUAUUAACAUUGUUAUGGAUAUGUUGUGUCACUGAUUGUACAGGUGUCACAAUGGUCACGUUGAAUAUUUGGCCCACUCCUAAACCUGAUUUUUAGAUAAUGUGGUGUGGGAUAUCACUGUUCCACAUUGGGACAUGACAUGAAGUGUGUUAAACAAAAUUGUGAAGCAUGUUCAUCUAUAUUUGCUGUCCUUGGUGUUUUACGUGAUACCUAAAACUUGAACUGUGUGUGUCAGUGUUGGUGAUUGUAGUGCACAGAUUUGACAGCCUGCUCAUUUUCCACCACAUUGAGAUUUGUUGUAAAACGGAGACCUUUGAAAUGGGAACACAGAAUCAUUGAAGGGAUAACGUGUUCCUCUUUGUACCCUGGAAUCACUAAGAUUGACUAAGUGACCAACUCCUUAAGGACUUAUAAGGGAUGUUUUCUUGUUUUGUGUCUUCUAUAAUCAGCUACCACAAGUAGGACUUUAUAUCUGAUACUGGCGCUGGUAUGGAAACAACUCCAGUCCUGAGGCAGACUCUAAUUAGACGCCUUUUGUGCCAGUAAUAGGGCUGCAGGAAUGUGCCAGUGAAAACAUACAGCACUGCCACUGACUUCUAUAUGUCCUGAGUUAAACCACUGCAGAUCUCCAAAUGAUAAGGUCCUAAACCACAUGAAGGCGAACCCUUUUAGAGUAAAGGAUAGUGAAAUAAACCAAGAUGACUGAAAGUUAAAGACAGAUGUGGGUCAUUAUAGUAUGCAGAAAUGUGGUUUCCACUGUAGUUUUUUACAGUGGAGAGUACACUCUGUGCCUGUGGCUCAUACAGGCCCAUGUUUGGUUCAUCCAUGCUGAUAAAUGUAAGAGAGUAUUUCACUCAGCAAACAAAAAACUAUGACAAUCUCUGGAAUUAACUGUAUGAGACAAUGAGCUUGUAUGUUGCAGAGAUCCAGCAGUGUAAUCAGAGAUUUCAUGUGUGCCCAGCACCCCAUUAAAUACUGGUGCCUAAAGAAAUAUGGUGAUCAACAAAUGAAGAAUAUGUCUGGUAGUUGAACCUGAUUUUCAACACUGUCAGACUCUUAACAUAGAGAAUGAGUGUGAAUGAGCUCCUAAAAAAUUGUGUUGUUGUCACAAAAAAAAGUGUAGGCUGAUCUUUUUUCCACACUGAAAACACAAUGACCCUGUCUAGUUGCCUCACCUUAAGGUUUGGGUGCAGUUUUCACAUCUUUUGUGAUAAGUAACUUUUAUUUGACACACUCACAAAAAAAGGUUUUAUGUAAUUUUGCUUUUCCAUUAAUGAGCUGGGCCAUAACACAAGACCCAAAAACAAUUACAAAGAAGCAAUCUAGAAUAAACAUUGGUAUCCACUAACAGCAUUGGCUAAACUGUUUUAAACAUCGAUAGCAGUAGUGGCUCUGAUUUUGACAAUCAAUGUCUCUCUAUUGAUUAGGGAUCAAGUGAGAACUAGAUUGAUCAGCAGAAUUGAUCAUUGUAUCAGUAUCAAACUCCUGUCAAUUUCCAUCCCAAAUCAGGCAACGACAGGCAAAACAGCUAAAGUGAAGCCUGUGCAGCUUAUUAAACACACACCUACAGACACUCACUCACUGACUCACUCACUCUUCAUGAGUCAUAUUAAUACACCAGAAACAUCCUACUGAAAUAUCCAUCACCACACUCUGGUAAAUUUUUACCAUGGGAGCUGUCAGCACACUUAACAACUGUUUUCUUGUGUUGCUGCUGUUUCAUUUAGGAUUCCAGCCAAAUGUUUCUAAUGACAAAUAUCACUCAUCUAAUGUACCCAUAACACAGACUCUCUCAUCCUCAGAACUACCCUUACCUCACACACCUGUGGACUGUUUUCCCUUGUGGAGCUGAAGUCUGUCAUUCUUACUAUUCUUACUACCUGCUCUGUGUUUACAAACCUGCAGGACAAGUUCAGCUCCAUGAGGUGGUUUAAGGUUCCUCUCCUCCCUGCUUUGAAUAACACUGACUGAACUGAAAAGUUCUUUGGAGAUACAGUAUUUUCUCAGUAGUGUUGCAGGGAGGCAGCUUCGAUGCCAAACUUUGUGACAUAACAAACACAACAUAGGCAUUAUGUAAUGGCUCCGCAUCUCACCACAGCCUACACAAUCAGACCUGACAGUGAUAGAUGCUCUGUUCAGACCCCCGCUCCCUGCAUCAUUAGAGAGCAUUCAGAGCUGCUCCAACAGGACACUGUGGUGGCAUGUCUCUCUAGCUAAAUCUUCAGUGAGGAUCCUUUCAGACCUCCAGAGAUGAGUAAAACGUAGAUUACAGUGAAGAGCAGGCUUCGCUUGAACAGCUGCUGCUUGUUUUUACUGAGAGGCAGUUUUGUUUUUCUUUCUUUGUCCGGAUGAUGACAUGAGUACCAGGCUGGAUUUGAACUCAUGACAUGGUUUCUCUGUAGAACAUAAUGUAACUUCAGUGUUUCCCUAGAAUUUUUUUCAGCAGGGGUGCUGCUGUGUCCAUGUGUGUGUGUUUGUGUGUGUGUGUGUGUGUGUGUGUGUGUGGUGGGGGGGGGGUUCAAUUUCGAAAUUCAAGACUUUCAGGUACCAUUUUAUUUUUUUCAGGUUCAAAUCUUAUUUUUUCACUUCACUUUUUAUUUUUUCACUUUUGAGCCUGAUCUGGCUCCAUAACCUGGCAACACAGCCCAUGUGCCACAUGGCAUUGUUUACAACACUUGACCGAAGUGCAUGUUUGCAGGCAGGUUACAUUAGCUCCGCUAGCCAGCAUGAAACAAAAAAUGGAGCGUUUUUAAUAACAAAGGGACAGAAACAAGCUCAAAAACCAGGUAGAUGGACACACAGUGUUGUAAUAAAUAGUGGAGUGGAUGAGGGGAAAAUGGGUCUGAGCAGCAAACAAAAUCAGCAUGAAGACACCGAAGAGGGGGCGAGCAUUCAAACGGCAGGUGUAACGUUACCCACGAAGCAUAGAAGAUGAGCACAGAAAAUUUCAAGACAAGUGGACAGACCAGUUCUUAUUUGUUUUCCAUACCAUGAACCCUUUGUUCCGUGCUUAAUAUGCAAACAGACCCUUCCAAAGGAAGGGAAGCAACUUGGAGCACCAUUUCAAAGCAGCGCAUCCAAAAUUCAAUGAAAAAAAUGCAAUGUUAUGUUGUAAUUAUUUCAAUGGUGGGUUGAAAGUGGGGAUCACCCCUGGGUUCAGGGGUACUCAAAAAAUUUUUAAAGUUGGCAGGUCUGCAUUUAGCCACAAAAUUACCACCUUCUUUUGCAAACGCCAUGUUUGUUUACACUGGUGUGUGUGGGAACUGGGGAGCACUUACGCAGGAAGGGGGAGCCUACAGUGGCCUGGAGGCAUGAGACAUGAUAGAAAGGAAAACUGAUUUGACAAUUUUAAUUUUCUUAACAUCGUCAUAAUCUUAUCAUGAUUUAAAAUUAAUUAAGCAUACAGCCCUACCUCUGACCCCUCUUGGGCGAAGUAACGGUGGCAGAAUGGGGGCCAGGAGGUGGCGGUGAAAAACACCACAGAGUAUAUGUGCAUUUCUGAGUCCGUGUAUGUGGAGCUCCUGUUGAAUGUCAGAAAGCCAGCAUGCUUGCAUGGCUGGCAUGGUUCCCUCUAGUUCCUACAAGUAGGCCAUGUAAUCUUUGACAUGGGCAAAGUACAAAGAAAUACUCAUGGUAGCAGAUGACAAAAAAUAACACGGCUUUCUCAUCCUUGCGGUGCUCCGAUCUGUUUUCAGAUCGCCACUGCUGAAUUACAUGUGCCACUACUAAAUUUAACAUGAUCAUCAAUAUCAAUGCCCUACUAAUGAUUUCUACACGCACUUUGUGAGCACAACAACACACAACAUUAUUUUCAACUUGUUUUGAGUCAUCAGCGAGCGCAUCAAAUCCUGUUGGACCCUCCCUAAUUAAUGUGAAGGACAACGUUGAAGGUUAUAAACUGAUAUAGUGAGGAGCACGGGUAACGUAACAUGAACAUAACAGCAUAGUUGAACGUUCUUGUUUCUCAAACCCUUUUGCAAAUAAAUCGCUGGUAGCAUGUCAUGUGAAACCCAGCGUCAUCAGGAACAUUGUCAAAGUCGAUAUCAACGCAAAGUUUCUGCAAGGUCCUUUGUCUCACCCUGUAGAGAAAGCCACUUUCUAAUACUAGUUCUGUAAGUUUCCCAACAUGUCCUCAUAAAGUCGAGAACGUCUUCACUCUGGACAGAUGACAGAUGCAUAUAGCAUCGUUUCGUUCCAUUUUUAUGCACUUUUGAAGGCUGUUUUCUUUUGUUCCUUUUCUUUUCUUCCUCUUUGCUUGUCUCGCUGCGAGAUGCGGUCGUCGCCAUGUUUGUGUAUUUCUGAUACUAUGGCAACGAGACUCGGCUCCUAUUGGUCCACGUGACAAAAAUCGCUCCACCCCUUGCAUAUUCGAUUGCGCGUGUGCAAGUAUCACUACGCCGCAGAAGGGAAACAGUUCGACACCGAAACACUGAUUACUAAAAAUCGACUGGAUGACAUGAGUAGAUAUAUUUUUUUUAGUACUUACUAUCAAUAGAGCUUUUUAAUGAAUCACAGUUUAUAUUGCACCACUAAAGUGGAACGAACCAACACGAUCUCAUUCAGCCAAAACAGCCUAAUUGUAGGCUAAGCUAAUGUGUAUUCAUGCCACUUCCUGAACGCAGGGUGAUGGGGUGGGGAAGGAGGGGGAGGCCUGUCACUCAUGGCAGACCGCGCCCCUCUCAGUCGAGGCCCGCCCCCACGGAAAAACAGGGUCAAAAGUGAACCUGAAACUUUUCAAGUUGAAUCCGAAAAAAGAUCUGUAUCUGAAAAAAAAAAAUCUGAAACCGAAAAAAAAGUUUUCAAUCCAUAAAAAUAAGAUCUGAAUCUGAAAUAAAUAAAUAAAAUUCAAUCGAAAAAAAAAAAGUACUCCAAGAUCGAAAUAUACAUUGAAGUGAAAAAUAGAAUUAAAUAAUUUAUUCAGGUAUUAAAAGUAUUAAAAAACAGAAUCAAAGUUACAUUUGAGCAGAUUUUUUUCAUGCAUUCUGGGAUUUUUCAAAGUUCAAUUUCAAAAUUCAAGACUUUCAGGUACCAUUUUAUUUUUUUCAGGUUCAAAUCUUAUUUUUUCACUUCACUUUUUAUUUUUUCACUUACACUACUUUUCAAUACUUUUGAGCCUGAUCUGGCUCCAUACCAGGUUUGUCAAUUCCCCCUUUAGGAUGCACCAUUAAAUUUUAAAAUAUUUCCCUUCACCUUCAUUAUUUGGGUGAAGGGAAAAGUAUAAGAUGUUUGUGUUUUUGCAGUGUUGUAUGUUUAAGUAGUACAUAUGAAAAAAUGUAUUGGCUGUGUUACUUCAUGGGAAGCUACCAUGCAAGCCACCAAUUACAGCUUGACAAGCCACAUGUUUUGAACAUGGAAUUGUACAAGCAUACUUGGAGGUCAAAAUGCGAAACAAGUACACAAAAUGCAUGCACGUUAGCAGGUUUGUAAAUGGGGCAAGAGCAAGUCAGUAGUGUGGAAUGGGUACGGCCUUGCAGUUUCAGAUGCAGAGCAAACCACUACUCGCUGCAAAUUCAAAUUCAACUUUAUUUAUAUGGCACUUUUCAUACAAAAAAAUGCAAUUCAAAGUGCUUCACAGAGGCUAAAAACAAAAAUAACGACAAUAAAACGCAACCCUCCCACACACACACACACACACACCCAUGGACCCACAUGCACACAAAGGCACACACCCACCCUCACUCACUCACCCACACACACACACACACACACACAACCGCACAGUGUGAGAAUUUAAGAUAUAUUGUUAGAGAGACAUGGCCUGACACCGAGACAUUAUGUGAGGAAAGAGCUACCUCUGGAAAACACUGGAGAUAAAAAUAGAGAUAAAAAUGGUGAAAAGAAAGACUAAAACCUGAUGGACUAAAAUAAGAAAAUAAUAAUAAAUGAACAGAUAAGUAAAAGCUCUUUACCGUAUGAAAAAAGAAGGUAAAAGAAGUAAAAACCAAUUCAAAAAACAAAUUCAGGAGUGAACGCAAAAGUUUUAUUGUCACAUUGGUGUUUCAUCCACACAGAAACGGCAUUUCAUGUGACUGUAACUGGUACUUUUUCGAAAAUGGGUUGAAGAGUCCAUAGAUCCGUCAAUGACUACCAUUUCAUCUCGUGUGGAUGUCUAUUUGGAUCUCUCUUGAAAUGAUUAUGCGACACACAGUGGAACUAUUUUAUGGCGCCCACGCAUGUCCAGCCAAAACAACCUUUAUACGCAUGCUCCGUACUCUUCUUCUGUCUUUUGUGCAUAUCCUCGACACUGCUACAGUGCCACUUACUGGCUUGGCCUAUGCACUACAUUGUUGUCAGUGGUUUAGUUUUGAGAGAUGAUACAAAAACUUAUUAAAGUGAAGUUUGAUGAAUUUGUCACUGAAUAAAAAUUCUAAAUCGAAAAUCAUUUUCAGAGAUAAAAUCGGGAUUUUAUUUUUGGCCAAAUUCGUGCAGCCUUAGUCAGAGGUAGAUUGACUUCACCCCACCUUAAUGUCUCAGCGCAUUACACAUUGCAAGCAAUUUGUACCAAAUAAUAGAAAAGAUGCAACAAGUUUUGCAUGACUUUGACAAGAAGGAUCAGUGUAACUGUACAAUAGUUCCUUAUUUUGUCACUUUUCUCCCAAAAUCAACAUAAAAAGUUAGCAUUAACAAAGCACAGUCACAAAAUACUUCGAUGCACAAAAAUAGGAUAAUUUGCAGGCAGAUCCCAACAUUAAUUAAAGUAAACAUAUUACUCUAGCACCUUUGAUUGCCUUGUCAUGUUGAUUUAUUGUCAGCUGAUUGUUUACUGUGUUCUCUGUGACUCAUACCACACACAGGGCCUAAACAAAAAAUAGAACUUUACAGUGUUUCUCCUUUGGUUUGGCUCAUUUUAUGAUACCAAAAUCACAUUCUUAAAACAGCACAGACAAACCUCCCUCCAUACUACUUGGCAUUUUUUCACAACAGAAUUGAAUUUCUCCUUCAUUUCAUCAAAUUGCAAAUGUCUUAGCACGUGUCUCAAUGUCUCAGUACAUCUUUGCAAAUGAUUAAGUACAGAUAGCCUUCAUUCAAUUUUGAAUAGACCUUGUUGAACUAAACUGAUCGUUUUUUGUUACCAAAUAUUUUUAUUUGAGAAAUUCACAUAUAAUUACAUAGUUACAAAAUGCCCAAGGCAUGGAACACGCCUAUGUGCAUAGAACAUAUAAAGAAAAACAUACAUGGGCGGAAUAGGGAGGGGGUAGACAUACAUCACACAAGACAAACAAACGCACGGACAAACAACCAGGUGACGCAUCCGGUGAGGUGCAAGUGUGAGCAAUGAUAGACAUCUUUGGGUCAGGGUAGAGGAGAGUUAGAGCGAAAUCAACAUUCGUUUCAAGGAUUCAGCAAUCCCAAGCCAAGAGUCCAAAGUUUUCCUUUUCGAGGCUCCAUUUGUACGAGCUGUAGAGAGUUCCAUGUAUACGACAUCCAGAAAAGAAAGAGUCCAGGUGCGGGUAGAGAGGUCGUGAGGGGAUUUCCAGCGGGUUGCCACCAUUUCCUUUGCAGCUGUGAGUCCAGCGUAGAUAACACGCUUUAGUAUUUUGGAGACAUGGAGAGUAGACCGAUCAUUUAAAACCAAAACAGGUAUAUUGACCGGUAUAGAGAUAUCAACCAGGGUGGAUAGAUGGGACGAUCUAAACUGAUUGUUGACUUCUCAGUCUAAUGGUUGUUCUCGCCAAAGGGGCAGCCACAGCCCUGGUUCACCACUCUCGUUUUAUCAAUCCUGUUGAGGAGUCUUUCUCUGCUUGGAGGUGGAGAGUGUAUGAGCAUCAGGUUAAAAAUAAGAGGUCCCUGCUUGGUGCAAUGGACGCUGCAUGUGAAGACAUUCCAGGUGUAGGGGAUGGUUGUGACAUUCACACCCUUCCCCUUCUCGUUAAAUUGAAAGGGAGAAUAUACACUGUGAUGUGGAUGAAAAUCUGUAUCCAGACAGAAAGCAGUGUGUGGACAGCCAAGAGUGCGAGGAGGGCAGCCAGGAGGGUGACGAGAGGGGGGUUGAGGAUGGUGGCCAGCGACCAGUGCAGACAUGCUUGUUGUAAAGCUCCAGCUUUAUUUACAGCACUGUAGGCUACAUAUGAUUGUCCUUAUUUUUUCUUUUUGUUAAUGUGUUUAUAUUACAGAAUGUUAGGCUGUAUACAUUUUCUUUUUACUCUGACGUAUGAAAGUUACUGACUGUAGGUGUGUGAAGAAAAAGUCACAGUUUCCUUGGCAGUAUGAGUGCAGUGUAUAAUGUCAAACCUUGGAGGCUACUCUCACCAUAAAAUCUUUAUUUAUUUAGUUUUAUACACAACUGUAUUCUGUUAGCUAGACUAAAACUAGCAUAGGAACCAUUGUCAAUGAAGGACUGGACUAAGACUGAGAAGUGGACAUGAGGGAUAUUUCAAUGGUUAUCUGCCACAGUGACAAAACAUCAAAGCAUUCUGAUAUGAGUAUGAGAUAUGAGCUUUUGCAGGUGAGCCAUGGUGUUGUGCUGAACAGUGAGACUGUUUUGCUGAAUGAUCCUAGUAGAGUUUUGAGAAUACAAUUUUAGUUUUAAGACCAAUGGAGAAAAAUUGUAAUAUUUGUUGUCAGACUGAUUCAGUGACAGCAGUUAGCCACCUCCUAAAGCCACAGAGAGAGAGGGAUUUAUCGUUCUUACUCUGCCUUAUUUAUUGGAUCGCUAUUUUAGAUGUCAUUUCUACCAGGACAAGACAUGAAUUUCAUCAGCAAACUUCUUCGUAUUUUACUUUACAUAUUGGGCUCUAUCAGAGAGUCAACCAAGUACUUACAAUUCUCUAAAAAUCUUAAAAGCUUACAAUCCAAAACAAGUUUCUGAAAAGUUGCAUGUUAAAAACAAAAGAAAAUCUUUCAAUGAUCAGGUGAUCUCUGUGGAUUAUACGUACCUUUAAUGAUAGAGAAGUAAGUUGAAAUUGAUCCCUAAAGAUUUCAUCCUAACAGUUGAAGUGCUGUAAUAAGCCUCUUGGGAAUUCUUGAUUGUUUUGUUUUCUUUCUGUUUUUGUUUUUACUCUCUGAGUGUGCCUCAAAAAACCUGUGGGGAAUAUUUCAGUGUUCAGGAAAUUAGGAAAUCAUUAUGAUUUUAAAGUAGCAGAAUGACCUGCUGAAGUUUGUGCUCUCAGAAAACCACUUUGGUUGUAAAUAACACUUUAACCACUUCAAUCUUUGCUCUUCUCUUCAGGGAACAUCAUCGGCUCAGGGAUCUUUAUCUCACCUAAAGGAGUCCUGGAGCAUGCUGGCUCUGUGGGGCUGUCACUUAUCGUCUGGGUUUGUGGAGGAGGGAUCUGCGCCCUCGGGUCCAUGUGCUAUGCUGAACUGGGUGUGACCAUCCCUAAGUCUGGAGGAGAUUAUUCAUAUGUGACCGAAAUCUUUGGAGGGCUAGUGGGGUAAGUAGGUGUCCGUCGAGCAGUUUGAUUUCCAGACAUUUGACUUGAUUUCCAGCGGCUGCACCCUUGCUUUCAGGAUUAGACUGAAAUAGUUCAGGGUCUGUACACAGAGAGAGGUGGUUUUGUAGGUCUGUCUGUCGAGGACCAGUCUGCUCCAAAGGUCUUAUGACUCUGUAUGGUCAUGUGACACAUCAGCUGAUUAAGGGGCAGCACUGUAAGCCAAAGAAGGUCAAACGUGCCCGACACAGAGCAUGCCUGUGGGGCUUGAGUUAAAACCUGUGAGGUCUGGUUUUGUUCAUUCAUUAAGGGAUCAAAAACAGUGCAAAAUAACACAAAUACAACUUUCAAUCCAAAACUAAUCUGCAGAUUUAGCUCUGAAAAGAGGUCACAGCCAUUUAACAGUAAGUAGGAGUCACAGUGUAUUGACUGUAAAAGUUGGUAAUAAAGAAAUCUAAAUCCUUGAAAACAUUUUUCCCACCACUUGAGAAACUAUUGUGGGGCUGACAAUAGUUUGAAUUGUGAAGUUCAAACUCCUGUCUGUAAUACUCUUUACAACAGUAAUACAUGCUAGGGAUUGGAAUCAAGAGCUGGCUCCAAAAUCCCAGUUCUGCAUUUUUUAAAACCUAAAAAUCAAUUAUGCUGGAGCUUGUAAGCUUGGUUUUUGAGUCUCAUGGAUCCUGUGAAGUAACGUUAUACUUAAAGUUAAGUCACAUCAUGUUCAUGAAAUCAAUGGUGCACACACAUAAAAAUAAUAAAUUGGCAGCUAACAGGUAUUAAACUACACAUGAAAGAGUUCUGGUGGUCAUUUGUGAGGAACGAUGGCUGAGGGUGCAAAGAGUUCCAAAGUGAGGCAACAAUUUACCAAAGCUGAAGAUGGGGAUGAAGUGAAAUGCUAUAUAUGUUGCUAAAUAUUUUUUGUAAGGGGAGGAAUUCAACAUCUAUGGCUGAGCACAUCAGCACUGUGCAUCAAAUCAAACCAAAACACAGAAUAUUUGACUCCGCCAACUCUGGCCAGAGUUUAGACCAUGUCAUGUUACCUAAAAACCUUAAUCUAGUGUUGAAAUCCAUGUUGAUUUCAGCAGAGAUAGCAGCUAAAAUAAAGUGUUUCAGAUGGAGGCUGAAAUAAUGGUGUUUGAUACACCAGAGUGAGAAAAAGUAUGCUUUUUUAAUUUGAAAAUUAUGUACAGUUAUUAAACAGGUAUCAGAGAGGAAGCACAGUCUGAAAAAAUGCAUUAUACCCCCUGAGAGAAAAAAAUUAAAGAAUCAAAAAAUUAAGAUAAUUUUUUUGAGAUUUUUAACUUUUUCCUAAGUUCUAAUAAAGUUGUAAAAAAUUGUUUUUCCAAGUUGUUCAUUUAGACAUGAAUUCGCAUAAUGCUGUUUUGAAGGAGGAUACCACAUGUCUCAGCUUCUGACUCUGUCUUUGCGGAGUCCUGAUACUUUAAACAAUGUGGAGAAAAAAACUCUAGAGACAACUGAACUAGACACUCUUCGUUCUUCACUGUAAACCAAAUGUGCCACUUAUCACCACUUUACUCUCAGAACAUGAGGACUUGAUUCUUCUAAUAUUAUGACUGCACUACCAUUUUAUUUUUGUUAUAAUAUGACUCUUUGAAGUAACUUAAAUGAAGCAGUAAAAAACUUAUAAAUCCAUGUGAUUUUCUGCUCUUUAAAGUGUCCCUGUUACUCUGUAGUAGUAUAUUGCAAUAAAAGAGAGAGAGAGAGAGAGAGAGAGAGAGAGAGAGAGAGAGAGAGAGAGAGAAAGUAGUUGACAUUAAAUAAACAUUGAAGUCAUGUUAUUUUAUGUCUUUAACUGUGCCAAAUUCAUGUAGAGCUGGCACUCAGCGCUGUGAUGGUCACACUUGAAAGCUCAACCUUUCAUUCAGCAUUUCAUUUCAUCUCACCCAAAUCUAAACAAACAGCACCUCCUUUAACAGCCAACAGAUGAUAUCGCAGUGUUACAGAGAGCAUGACGAUGUUCAUUAUUUGAUGAAUGAAAAUCAUGCAGGGACAUGUCACGCUGUCUUGAGUGUUUCGCUAACACUUUUUUUAAAAUCCUAUUUUGUUUUUGCUCUUAUGUGAUGCCAGACUUAUAUUUUCCAAGAAAAACAAGAACUUGCAAGUUUUAUUUCAUAAUAAACGCCAAAACAAAGAGCAGCGUGAUGUGCCUCAAGUCACAUGAUUGACACUGCGUGUCCUGCAAUGUGAGCUUCCUAUUUCAGUCAACAAUGAACUGUGCAGCCUAAGCCUAUACAGAAAAAGCAGGUAUACUUUAGCUGCAGCUUGUGAGCAAAGGGGGACAUUUCACUCCAGACUUUGACUACUUGAUACCUCGAUUUUUCUAUACGCUGUGAAAAGACAGUGAUUAUGGGAAGAGUUAGAUUCAGAAUAACGUUUUAGACUUCACAGACGAAUGCCCUCUCAUAAAACAGAACCCCUGUGUUUGUCUCUUCUUCCUUUAGUUUCCUGUUAUUAUGGAGCGCCGUCCUCAUCAUGUAUCCAACCACGCUGGCUGUCAUCGCGCUCACUUUCGCAAACUACGUCCUGCAGCCGGCUUUCCCUAACUGCCUGCCUCCAUUCAUUGCCACCAGACUCCUCGCUACCAUCUGCAUCUGUGAGUCACAAACAUCAUCAACCCCACUCGAUACCACUAAAUCAUGAAUGCUUUUGUUGGUCUAAAUUUGGUGCUGUUCUAAGUGUCUAAACACCACCAUGGAAGUCAUUGGAGGACCUGUUUUUCUAUUUUUGCUUGGAUUUUUUACAGAUAAGUUUGAUUUUAAUAAGGUCAACUUCUGCGUCUGUUCUGGACAACACGGGUUUUUCUCUUGAUUAAAAGCUUAAAAACUCAAUCUCAUGAUGUCUGAUGCAGUGGAGGAUAUUUGUCAGGUAAAGGCAAUGAGACUUUUCAUUGCUUUAUUUCAUGAAGUGCUACAGCUGAUGCCAAAUAGUGACUCAUCAAGCUGGAAUUUCAAAUAGCAAAACUUGGCGGGACUCACUCCCUAUAAAGUUUCUGAAAUGCAGUCAGUCAUCUUGCGCCACAUCAGCACAGCAGCGCUCGGUGUAAACUCCUUCCAGGAGUACUAUUUCCAGCCCUGAAUUUCCAGAAACAUGCAGGAGGAAAAAAGCUGCAUCACAGAGUUUGUAACACAAGCCAAAAACAUGAAAUGUCUGACCUUCAUCUUGGGGAAAGCAGCAUUAAAGUAAUAAAUCUGAAGCAUUGGGUGACCAAGAGUAUUUACAGCUAUUUUUGUGUUAACUUCACACCACAAACAAUGUCAGACAUGAUUUAAUGAUGUCUGACAUUGAGAGAUACUUGAUUUAGUCAAGGCUGUACAUUUGGUGAGCAUGUGUAUUCAAACUGGGGACAUUAUAGAGUCAGGCACGCAUAAAUAUUCUGUCAAUAAGAACAUAAUAAUCAAUAUUGAACAAUAUUGUGCCACCUGCAGUGUAGCCCCAUUAGCUCUGAUGCGUUGAACAAAGCGUACCCACCCUCUCUUCCUCAACACUAGAGUGCGACCCCUCCCUCCCCAAACUACUCUCACUUUCACUUCAUUUUAAGCAGCUCAGAUCAACAUGAAAGAAAGUUUAGGGCAACUAAAAGUUGCAGCUCCUGCUAGGGAUGUUCCCAGCGGUUAAUUUCACUGACGGUUAAACGACCAUUUUGAAACUGAAUAUUCGAAUACACGGAAAUGUAUUAACUCCCAGAAAAUAGCCCAAAUUGAGGACAUGUCGGUCUAUAUGGCCAGAUAUCAUCUGAAAAAAACAUGAAGAGUACAUGAAAGCCAUGCUUAUAAUAUUAAAAUAUGUUACAGAAUCUUAUAUUAGCGCUGCAGAAUGACAUAAAGUACGUGAAAGAUCAAAGCAAUUAAGCUCCGCUGCACUCAAGCCAAGCAGCCUGCUGCGUCAUCGGCCUGCCUCACACCAUAUGCACAAAAUAAAGAGUC